CCCUUCGCGGGCUGGCGGCCGAUUUUGCGCCGAUGACGCAUGGCACCGACCAAAAGCGCCGCGACGUGUGACAGUUGGAAGAAUUGAGCUCACUUUAAGCCAUCUCAUAAGGCGUAAUUCUAUCAUCCAGUAACCAGUAAAAGGAGCUAACCUGAACCUAAAUCUCUUCGUUCCCGGCAAUUCACAGAAUUGGACGUUGUCCUCACAGAGAAUUCGUCGUUACUGAUUGAUCAUACGAACGUAAGAUUUUUGAGAAGUCAAAAGAUUCUUCUGACAAGGAAGGAUUCUGGCUAGAGUUCGCGGGGGUGCUAACGAUAGAAGAAAGGAACGAUCACUUUAUCGCGCACAUAACGAAGUGAGAGAGAAUAAUGGCGGGCGAGGACACACAAAUUUUGUCGAACGGCAAUGGGGAAGUGCUCACAAUCAUCCCGCCGAAGAUGACGAACGGGAACGGGCUGAUCUGCGGCGACAAGCAGCACAAUAACAAUGGCUUGAUAGCGAAUGGGAAGUUACAUGGAAUCGGCGGUACGGAGAACGGCAAUCUGAUCGUGCCGGAUGAGAGGUCGAGCAGCCUUCACACGGAGUUCGACGAUGCCGACGUGUCCUGCGGAUGGGGCCCGUGCAGGCCUCACUGGCUGCAGUACUUCGCCACGAAGCAGGCCUUCCUAGUGACCUUCUGCCUUACCUGGGUGCUUCAGGGUAUGUAUUACACAUACUUCGUCUCCGUCAUCACGACAAUAGAGAAGCUCUUCCAAAUCCAAUCGAAGACAACAGGUAUUAUCAUGUCGGCUACGGAGAUCGGUCAGAUCGGAUCCUCCCUGUUAUUGACAUAUUAUGGCGGCCAAGGUCACCGGCCGAAGUGGAUAGCCUGGGGCAUGAUCCUCUUCGCCGUGAGCUCGUUCACCUGCUCGAUACCCCACUUUAUCUUCGGCGAACAGCUGAUUCGUCGACAGAACGAGAUGCUGGUCAGCGGCGUCGGACCCGGCACUGAGAGCCGCGGGCCCAACGACACGGAUCCGAUACCGGCGAAUCUCUGCUGGUUCCAGGAAAGGAACAGCACGUUAGACGGAUGGAACGUAUCGGCGAUCGUAUCCCAAAUUGAAUCGUCGGACUGUAAAGGCGAUUUUCUUACGGAGCAAAGAAGAAUACAAAGCAAGAUAACUACGGUGGUGCUUGCAAUAUUUUUUGUAUCGUUACUCGGUGUGGGAAUGGGUCAAACAGCGGUAUACACUCUCGGUAUACCGUAUAUCGAUGACAACGUAGCCAGCAGAGAAAGCCCCUUAUAUUUCGCAAUCACCAUCGGAGUACGGAUUCUUGGUCCAGCGUUAGGCUUCAUCCUCGGUUCCGUGUGCACGAUGGUCUAUGCGGAUUUGUCGAUAAAUCCGCAGAUUACACCAUCGGAUCCAAGAUGGGUCGGUGCUUGGUGGCUUGGCUUAGUCUUAAUAUCAGCGAUGUUGAUGCUAGUAAGUAUCGGGAUGUUCGCGUUUCCCCCACGUUUACCUACGAGCCGAACCCCCCCGCGGAGGUCAGAUUCGCAGAAGCCCAGCUUACGAGAUUUUCCCAGUGCUGUAAAAAGGCUCUUGAAAAAUGACAUUCUGAUGUUCCGAACUGCGAGCAGUGUGUUACACAUCCUGCCGAUUGCUGGUCUCUACACCUUCCUGCCAAAAUAUCUCGAGAGCCAAUUUCGCCUACCGGCUCAUCAUGCAAACAUGAUCUCAGGUGUUGGUGGGAUCCUAGUGAUGGGAUUGGGCAUCAUAAUUAGCGGCGUGUUUAUCUUGAGGGCGAAACCCAAUGCCAGAUUCGUCGCAGCCUGGAUCGCCUUCACCGCGGUCGUUUACGCGAUCGGCAUGGGUGUGCUAAUGUUUAUUGGUUGUCCGAUGGAUGACUUCGCUGGACUUGUGUCACAUCCCGAUGGACUCUCCAGCUUCGAGCCGACCUGUGAGGCGACCUGCGACUGCGAUCGGAACAAAUUUAGUCCAAUCUGCGGUGCCGAUGGUAAAACGUAUUUCUCUGCGUGUCACGCAGGUUGCUCGAAUUAUACGGUUGCUGACGGCAAAGUGGCAUCGUUUUACAAUUGUCAAUGCAUCGGAAAUGUUACGAUAUCACCGGAAGUAAUAAACACAGCGUCGAUCGGUUACUGUGCACUGGAAUGCAGUAACUUUUGGGUUUAUAUGAUCCUGUUCUCGGUCUUCGUUUUUAUUCACUCCACGAGCGAGGUUGGCUCUAUGUUGCUCAUUCUACGAUGCGUGGAUCCCAGAGAUAAGGCUAUGGCACUCGGUCUGAUACAAUUCGCCAUCGGCUUGUUCGGCAAUGUUCCAUGUCCUAUCGUUUAUGGUGCUGUGGUGGACUCCGCUUGUCUCGUAUGGGAAUACGCUUGCGGCGAGCGAGGCGCCUGUUGGCUUUACGAUUCGAACGUCUUUAGAAUGUUCUAUCACGGUACUACAGGCGGUAUCCUCAUGUUGGCCUUCGUGGUAGAUAUAGUCGUCUGGUACAAGGCCGGGAGCAUAAGCUUCGUGGAGGAGCAGGAGGGCGAGACAGGUACUGCGGAGGAAAUGGCGACGUUAAAAUCGCAGGACGCUCAAGCAGUCGAGAACGACUAUUUGUGAAGGUUUCGUAUUACUCUUUUGCGGUGAAGGGCCGCGACGGCGACAUUAUCAUCGUCGUCGUUUAAGGAUGCAACGCAGUGUCGUAGGAUACGUAGGGGCAUCGUCCUUCACAAAUGGUGCCAGUACAGCUCGUCGUGCUUCCCAGAGACGGCUUUCCGAGACGGAAAGAUCGACUUGCCGGCGAUUACACGCAUCCGAAUGGAACUUUCCUCGAAAGAGUUCCGUUCUGAUGGGCAGGAAGUCUAGUCCCUCUUGUCGAUGGCAUCCGAGCAUAAAGAAGCAGACUUCGCAUGAAUCACAGGAAGACCGAAGUCGCAAGACGACUCGGACAAUUUUGAUUCGGUAACUCGGAGAAUCAAAACUCAGUUACGCGAUGAGACAGGGAGAAAAAUUGAGUUUUGAAGCAUACAGAAGUAAUGAACGCGCGAUAAGAAAGAACGAAGACACGGAAGAAAGAGGGGCUCGAGGCGAGCAUACUUUGUCUGAGCAUCGCAACGUAAUAUAAGUCCCUCGAGUGCGCCUUGGAAAAGUUAGUAGGGGUUUCUCUCUCAGGGAAGCUUGUCAGUAAGUACACGCAAUAAAAGUAAUACUUCCGUGCCUAUGAAAUGACCGUGUUUGCGGCGAGCACGCGGUCCGCCGCACCAACAGAUCCGGGGAAUCGAAUCGAAUCAAAGCAACACGAGCGGCCUCGCGGGUGGCAGUGAAUGCGGUUCGCAUGGACAGACAGUGAGGGAUUGCCUCGUGCUUUGCACCGGCGUUGAUUAGUAUAUGACGGCGUUCCCGCCGCGCUCGCGCGCGUACACGCGCUAUCUAACUCUCUAACGGUAACGUUACCGUGAUGCAAAAGGAAA